UAUUCCAACCAAUAAGAUAGUUCCGGAUGCCGGCAAUGGUGCGCAGAUAGGUGGGAGCUGGUUUGCAUGUUAACAGUGAAGGGGAUCCUAUGGGUGUGAAGAUCACACUGAGUUAAGGCUGAGAAGCGGGGGGAAGAAAAGAAGAAAGAAGAGGUGUCGAAAUUUGGCGUAUAAAGACCAUGGAUGUCGCGCGUCAACUCUUAGUAUCUCAUACCAGCUUCGACAUCUCAUCAUCACCCAUCUCCCCAAUAAACACUUACCUUCGUGGAACCCAUUGCAAAAAUAUGCUUCUCAAGAACUUUGUUCUCCUCCUCACGGCUGAGCUCGCCGCUGCCGCUGCAUUCGGUCCUCCUAGGGACUACUCUCCCGAGGUGAUUAACCUUGAAGCCACCGAGCUCCAGCGCCGCGCCGCCUGCGCCGCCGCCGGCGUCGUCAACGGCCAGUGCGGCCGUUACUACCGCGGCACGGGCUGCAACGAUCAGAUCGGUGCCAACGGCCCUGGUAGAUGCAGCGGAACGUGCUGGAGUUCCUCCGAUGCCAUCGCCAGCAUCAAGGCUGUUGGCGACGGGACCUACGGCACCAACUGUCACUUGUACUACGACUCCAAUUGCCAGAGCCAGAUUGGAGAGACGGGGAACAUCAUCACUGGAGGAGGAAAGUGUUACACGCCUUCGGAUGGCAGGACUGGACACAGCUACUUGUGCUGGUACAGGUGCUGAUCUUCUGUUUGAUUGUGCUGGGGGGAAGUUGCUUCAUACUUUUCCUCAAAUAUCUGUCAGAUAUUUCACUCAUUUCUUCUUCUACCUUUGUUCAACAUGGCUCCAAGAUUCAUUCAAGUGGACCGGAUGCCAGCGCGAUCGUUUCAGAAAUCGGGGACAUGGAACUUUGAAAACUCCAGCAGGAUCCUUAGCUUUUGUU